AGAGCAAUUGGAGCUGAUGAGGAAAGGAAUAGUAAGUUCGGACUCGGACUCCUCGGGCCACGGACCAUCGGAAGACGGCGACUCGACGGACACCGAGGGUCCUCAAAACGAGUCCGACGAAGCUCAAGAGGAGAACAGCUUGGAAGAUAACGAUUACGCGAUGGAGAACGAGAGGGAGAGGCUACGAUUGGAGAAGCUCCCAAAGUGUCUUCACGUGGGUCGUCAGGUAGCCGACGAGUGCAACGUGGACGUGGAGAGACACAACGCUAGAAAAUUCGUUAGGACUCUGAAAACCGAUCUGAUCCCCAUGGUGUUGAGUCUUAGGAGCAACAUAGAAGUAGACGAGGCGUUGCAGAACUUUGCAUCGGAGUAUUGUCAAGGUGUCUUCGCAGCCCAGCAGAAGAUGCAGGAACAGACGGACAUCAGCACGGAUUCUUGCGCGUUGAUCACGAUUAUGAACGCCGAUGGCAUCUACUUGGCUACCUACGCAGCGUUGCUUCUCAACUUGAAAUUGAUCAGAAUCAACUACUAUCACGAAGACAGCCGACAAGUUCCCAUCAGCGAGGUACGAUCUCCGCGAUUAUCGACGAUUGAAGCUCUGGGCUUCAUCUUACGACAAUCCGCAGAUUUCAAACACCCUCAGACCUUUAAAAUUCUAUACUCCUCGUUAGUUCCACCGCAUCUUGAAUACGCAUCUCAGAUCUGGAAUCCAUUACAAAGUGGCCUUACGAAAAUGAUUGAGAGUGUUCCGCAUAAAUUCUUAAGGCACGUUUCUUACAAGAUAGGUACACCUAUGGAUAUAGUCAUGAAGACUGUAUAA